CUGGCAACUGGGGUCAGCGAACGGAGUAUAAAGCACUUGGGUCACGUGAUACCCGUACCAGUUCGCCUUGGAACGUCGCAAGAUGAAGUUCGUAGUGCUUUCUCUCGUUGUGGUCGGGGUCUUCGCCGCCCCUCAGUACGAGUCCGAGCAGGGGCAGGCUCGCUUCGACGACAGCAGGGAGCACGUGCCCAUCCUCAAGGACGAGCGCGUGAUCGAGAACGACGGGAGGUACAACUUCGACGUGGCGACCGGGAACGGCAUCGUGGUGUCUGAGUCUGGCUCUCCAGGCGCCGUCGGGAGCAUCAACAGCGCCGGAAGCUUUGCAUACACCGCUCCCGACGGCACUCCCGUAGAAGUCAAAUUCAUCGCCGACGAGAACGGCUACCAGCCCCAGUCCGACCUCCUGCCCGUGCCGCCCGCAUUCCCCCACCCGAUCCCCGACUUCGUCCUCGAGCAGAUCGAGUUCGCCAGACAGCAGGAAGCCGCUCGAGCCCGCGGGGAACUCAGGGACUCCAGCCAGACCUCCGACAGAUACGAUGCUCCCUAAAGAGGAACUUCUCUGUGCCUAGUCUAUCUUUUUUAACGAAGUUUCCCUUUCCGAUGUUAUCCUUUGUUGCCAUCUUGUGUAAAGGUGGAUAUAUUUUGUAGUAAGUAGUGUCUUUUCUUUUUUUCUGUGCAUCUCGACUAGCCUGGCACCGCAGCGAUUGACAAUCUGUUUAAAGAUGAGUCGGGGAGGAAGACUAUGUACAGUAACUAUUGUACACUUCCGUAUAGUUGUUGGUAAUGUAUCCGUGCCUUUCCAGUGUUGAAGUUGAAGGUUUAAAGUACUGUAUUGCGAUGUCUGGUUUAUUGUUGUUAUGAAGUAGAUCACUGUUUGCUUUGUGUGUGCUUUGUUACUCUAGCAAACUUACAGUACAAUAAAUGCAAAUAUAUUCAAA